AUUGCCCUGAGGAUGAUUCAGAAAGGGAUAGCUCUAAGGACAGGCAGGAAAGGCUCUCAGAGUAGAAAACAGAAAAGUAUUGCAAGGUACGUAUACUUGCUCAGAAUCCAUUGUAGAUAUAUAUAUUUGAUCGAUAUAUACGUGUAUGCAUGCAGCUAGCCUCGACUCCAGCCCCUUCAAUAUAGUGGGCCUGGUAUUAAAUUUUACUGUUGGCACGUGGGUGGACAAUUAAUUUAUUAUUUACCGUAUUUUAUCUCAUUGAACGUUUAAAACAGUAUUCUAUCUUAUUGAACGAUGAUAAAAACAGAAAAAAGAAAAAGGAGAGGCUACCUCUCUGUAUAUACUGUAGACAGAGACAGCUAAGUAAAACCUCAGCUCUGUAGAUUUAUCCAUUAACUUGAGGCUCGGAUCGGACACACACUCAGGCGACAAGUCAAUCUCAUAAGAAAUUAGUUAAACCUGUGGGUAAAAAAUAAAUGUGGAUAAGUGCAGUGGCUGCGACGUAACAUAAUGUGAGGAUUACUUAUUGAUUUACACAAUAGAUUUACCAUUGAAAGCACUAUCCAUUAAUACACACUCAAGCAACAAGUCCCUCGGAUCGGAUACACACUCAGGCAACAAGUCCCUCGGAUUGUAAGCACAUUCAGGCAACACAUUUCUCGGAUCAGAUACCACGUACUUACUCUGUGACCAAUUUUCGGCAAAUGUCACAACAAUGCUUCCUUCCAGAGAGAAUGGCACUGAACGUUGAACAGACACACCAACACUUUGAAGAUGGCUUCACUAAGAUAAACAAGAGGAGAAAUCACCAUCACAACACUUCUUUCAGAGAGAGGUACACUGGUCCUGUCAAGCUUCACAUCAAUCAAGAAAGGGAGAGUCUGGAAAGCAGAUGGACUUGCCAUAGCCGGUCGGUACGGUAUCCACAUAAACACCAACGUACAGACACUUCAACGCCUCCAGCUGCUUGUCUUUCAAGACUAGACCUGGUUUUCCAACACAGGAUAACGCGUACACGAGAGCAGAAGAGAAGGUAGCAGCCAUUACUACUUGGACUAGAUUUCUUUUUUCAAUAACAUCAUUAUAUGAAACAAAUAUCAAUGUUUUACAACUAAAUGCGAAAAAAGAAUACUGCUACAAUUUACGAUUACCAACUAUAUAUUUGGUAUGUAUGGGCUAAUAAUCUAUAUAGACAAGACCCAUGCACAAAAACAUUAUAAUUAUAACGAGUGUUGCAAGCGUGCACUUGCUAAUGCCUCUCGCCAUAUUUUUGCUUUCGCUCAAAAGUAUUAGAGUGUUAUAGAAGAGGUAAAUAAUUGGAUCCAAAUAAUUUGCAAUGUGCUUUAAUUGUUUCACAAGAAAGGGGUGUCCACAGUUAUUAAUAGUGCAUACUGAUCGUCUUAAAUGGCCUGUAGCCAAACAGUGGGAGCAAACUUUUGUCAAAGGCAUAGUCAUUAGUCUGUGAGAUAAGCAGAAUUCAAUCACAGAAAGUAGUAUCUAUAACAAGCAGUCUAAAAAGAGGAUUGUGGCUUACCAUGCAGGACCUCAACAUUGAUUUUGCUACAACUGGGUAUUGAGCGCGCAUGCGCAUUACAUCCAGGAAUAAGGGGUGUGUCUGCAAGAUCAAUAAUGCAAUGGCUACUAAAAUAGCUAGCUUCUUUAGCAGCUCUUUCUGACUCUUGUAGCUUACAAAAGCUAGCGCUUUAGUGCAAGGCUAACUCAUAAGUUGAAAAGAAAGUUUGUGCGAACAGAUGAUGCUAUGAAAGAUUCUGAAGAGACUGCAACAGCCUUCAAUGUGAGUCAAACUAGCCAUAACUUGAGAAAAAGAAGCUUUAGUUUGCUAAUUCACGAAUUAAAAUCCAAGAGAACGUGGCUAGAAGCCUAUAGAAGCUGUUAGUUUUCGUCGCAUUGCAACCGUUGAGCAGUUACAACUGGAACAGACACACAGACACACACACACCGCACAGUCAGCUUUACCGUAUCCCUCGUGCGGCUACGCCUCGAGGCAUAACAAUGUGGUAAGAUUGGCGGAGGAAACACCAAAAAAGAGUAGAAACAAGAAAGUGUAUGAGAGCAAUCACAUAACUCCAAUCCGUAAAAUAUUUUGAGUCAUGACCGACCUCUUCUAGGGGGAGACGGCCUCCAGUUCCUGAUCGUCACCAGGCAUAAAUUAUAACAGAGGUGAUUUACUGCACUCUGUUCUAUAUUAACACCGAGUGGAUUACCAAGGUUACACCAAACAUGUACAUGUGCAUGCUUGAGUACUCAUGCACACAUAAUAAUGAUCAUGCAUGAUAGCUAGCUCAUGUUGAGUGUAUUAUAAUUACAAAGCAACCAGGAAACUGUGGCUAUAGUAAUUCAAUUAUAACAAGUGGGCAGCUACCUGCACUCUGUUACACUAUGCAGCUCUAUAUAGGAAAGCUGCAUGUAGGGUCUAUAAGCUAUAGAAUGUCUAACUCUAGUAGGAUGUGGGUUCUUAGGCUCAUUUGUUUUGAGGCCUUGCUUGUAGGCCAAGUCUUCUCUCAAGAAUUAGCUUGUGAAAGAUUGACUGAAGGAGACCUGGGAACCACGGACUUGUCCUCAACUGGUUUGGUGGCUGCCGCUAUUAUCACAACAGUUGGUGAUGGCAUUGUCGUCUCUACUCGUCUGAUUCCUGGUAGCAUACAUAUUGUGUGUGAAGCCCAGCACGAGAUUCGAGAGAGAUACAGAUACACAUCAGCUCUCUUUUCUUAUGUCUGUACCACUACUGGUACCAUGCUUGAACGCUGUGAUAAUACUACAGUCAUCAGAGAUCAACUAACUUUGAUCUGUGACGCUCGUACCUGGUCUCUCUCUAGUUCUCUCUUCAGCAAUCCUGAGUUUGCCCUAACAUCAAAUCCGUCGGCCAAUUCGUCAACUUCACUAGCCUCUACUUGUUCAUUGUGCGUCCCUCCAGACAAUCCUUUGGUUGACUUUGUUGGCUUGGCGGUUUCAAACGUUACCCAUUGUGUUGAAUGUAACUGUACUGUUGGUCUUGGACGCUGUUUUGGCCCAGAUUUUAAUGACCAGACUUGUUGCAACUACUUUAACGAGAGUAGUUGUGUUGAAAGCUGCCCUCUAGGUCAAGUAUCUGGUACCAACUUUGUAUGUGGAUGUUCGACACUGAAUGAUGCAAAUGGAGAGUUUUCGUAUAGUAAUGAUACAGACAUUGGUAGUGUGGCCACUCUUACGUGUAAUAACGGUUAUGAAGAUAACAACUCACCAGCUACUUGUACGCCAUCUGCUGUCUGGACUACCACACCAAUUUGUACAUCUCUCUGUAUGGUGUUGCCCUUAUUGGUUAAUGGAGAGAUUUCCUACACUAAUCCCCCCAACAAACUAGGAGCUGGCACCAAAGCAAAUUACACUUGCAUCCCAGGAUUCCUGAUAGAUCCUGAGAAUGGACAUACAAGAACAUGUCUGACUGGUGGAACGUGGUCAGGCACGAAUUCAUCAUGCCGCGGACAAUCAAGACAAUUAAGUGGAGACCUGAGGCUGGUAGACAGCUCAGGCCAAACAGAAGGCUGCUCUGGCAGACUGGAGGUCUAUUACAGUGGACAAUGGGGGACAGUGUGUGAUGACAGCUUCGGCCCAAAUGCUACAAGAGUGGCUUGUCGUCAACUAGGGUUCUCAACCUACACUCAAUUCGGAACAGUUGGAGCGCUAGGUUUCUCUCAACCUUCAUCAUCCACUCCGAUAUGGGUGGACGAGCUUCGUUGCUUAGGAACUGAGAGCAGACUCAUUGAUUGCCCUGCUAACGCUAUCGGAGUUGAAGAUUGCACCCAUUCAGAAGAUGUGGCCUUAAUCUGCACUGAAAGUAUUGAAAGAUGUUCGACACUGAAUGAUACAAAAGGAGAGUUUUCGUAUAGUAAUGAUACAGACAUUGGUAGUGUGGCCACUCUUACGUGUAAUAACGGUUAUGAAGAUAACAACUCACCAGCUACUUGUACGCCAUCUGCUGUCUGGACUACCACACCAAUUUGUACAUCUCUCUGUAUGGUGUUGCCCUUAUUGGUUAAUGGAGAGAUUUCCUACACUAAUCCCCCCAACAAACUAGGAGCUGGCACCAAAGCAAAUUACACUUGCAUCCCAGGAUUCCUGAUAGAUCCUGAGAAUGGACAUACAAGAACAUGUCUGACUGGUGGAACGUGGUCAGGCACGAACGCAACAUGCCGCGAGUUCGAUGGCGGCUGUAAAGUAGAUUUUGAUUUGACCUGGAAUAUAGAGUGGCCAAACACACCCAGCGGCUCAACUAGCACACAGCAAUGUCCUGGAGGGAACUCUGUCACUGGCCAAGCAACAAGGCUCUGUAAUAGUGACGGAGAAUGGGAGGAUCCGAAUGUAUUAAGUUGUCAGCAAAUGGAGUUUAUUGAAAUAGAAUUCCAGAUCUCUAAUCUGUCUGACACCCUGGACUCUGCUACUAUUGUAAAGAACACAGUAGUAAUCACUCAGCAACUAGCAAUGAUCACUGUAGCUGAUACCACUCCACUGCUGCCCUCCUCCCUCAACACGACUAAUCAAGUGUUGACUGCUGUUAUAAAAGCCCUGGAACAAGUGGGAAAUGAUGCAGUAACCACAGAAACCAACAAGCUUAUUGUGGAUGUCUUCAGUAAUAUCUUGGAGAGAAAUAACUCAAUAACUUGGAUGGCUUUGCAAGAGAAUACAGGAGGUAGUCAAGUGCUUCUCAGCAACGCAGAGAGGUUUAGUGUACUGCUGGCUCACUCUCAGAGUGGAAAUGACUCAACCAAGCCUGUCAGAAUAUCAAGGCCCAAUAUUGCGAUUUCUGCUAAGCUGUAUGAUGGAUCUCAAAUGGAUGAGCUCAAGAAUGACCUAACCUUCCCUCAAAAGGAAGAUUUGGCGAACUAUUCCAUUUCUGAAUCAGCGGUUGUUCCCGCUCAGAUAAGUAUUCCUCCAGGGUUUCUACAAGAAAGGCUGAGUCAGCAAAAUGGUAGUAGACUACCGGUUACGUUCAUCCUGCUUCAAAACCUAGAGGCUUUCCUUCCCUCCUCUGCUCGUGGACUAGGUGACAACACUGGAAGUGCUUCAGUAGUAAUCUCGUCCCAGGUCGGAGAUAGGGGCCUCACUGGUGCAUCUGUGUCACUCAAAGAAUCUCCGAUCCUCUUAAAUUUCAGUCUCCAAUCUGUCCAAGUUAAUGAAAGUACAGUUCAGUAUCAUUGCGUUUUCUGGAAUUUCUCAGAUCCUGUUGGUAACGGAGGAUGGAUUACUGAUGGAGUGAACACUGUGGGGAAUGCUUUAGACAGAGCAGGCAGGAGUACUGUCAAUUGUACAAGUUCUCAUCUAACCAGCUUUGCAGUACUCUUCACUGCUGUUAGAACGAAUGAAACCAGAGGAGAUGAAUUUGCUCUUGAAUUGGUGUCCUAUAUUGGCUGUACUAUCUCUAUCAUCAGUCUUCUGCUUGCUGUCAUCUUCUAUCUUGUUCAAGGGAAGACGUUGUUUACUUCCGUCCACAACUUUGUUCAUCUGAACCUCUGUAUUUCACUGCUUCUAUCCUAUUCCGUUUUUGUUGCUGGAGUGAGUACUGCCGUCGGCAAUACUGUUGGAUGUGCGUUUGUUGCUGCUCUACUGCACUACUUGCUCCUGUCAAGUUUCUGCUGGAUGUUGUGUGAGGGAGUGAUGCUCUACCUGAUGUUGGUAGUGGUGUUCAGUCGGCUUGCAAAGACAUGGUGGUUCUUUCUACUCCUCGGUUAUGUGACUCCUAUUCCAAUAGUUGCUGUAACAGUGGGCAUCAGGUGGCAGUACUAUGAAACCCUUGAUGUCUGUUGGCUGCCACGGACAGAAGGAACUAUUUUCGGAUUCAUUGUGCCAGUUCUUGUCAUUAUGGUGAUUAAUUUUGUAUUCAUUGUCAUCGCCCUGAGGGUGACUCUGAAGAACCUGAAAGGAAGAGCUGUAAGGACAGGCAUGAAAGACUCUCAGAGUGGAAAACAGAAAAGUAUUGCAAGAUCCAUUUUACUGGCCACUGUUGUCCUUCUUCCUCUCCUUGGUCUAACUUGGCUAUUUGGUCUCCUCGUGAUCGUUGCUACAUCGCCUGUCUUUGAUUGGCUCUUCACAAUACUCAAUUCACUCCAGGGCUUGGCUAUACUAUUCUUUCAUGUGAUCAGGAGUGAUAAGGUGUGGAGUAGAAUUGGUCCGCAUUUCUCAUCUGCUAUGGACUUACAAGAAGUGGAAGAUGAAUCUCCUCCAAUGCAAACAAUUCAUUUUCAGUUUAAAUUUAAAGGAGCUACGGUAGUUGUCUACCCUAAUGCUGGUGUAUCUACUGCAGAAUUAUAAUUAUAGGCCAGUGUGAAGUACGUAUUACUUCUAUCGAUUAGUUCAUAGUUUAUAGUGUCAACGGACAUGUAUUGUGCUAAACCUUUACAUUAAUUUACACAUAUCAAAAUUAUCUGUUAGUUAAAGAUUAUUAGCCAUUAUAAAUUUUUAUGACAAUUGUAUAUAAAUUAAAGUCUCGCAAAAACAUUUGCAACGUGAAAA